AUGCAAAUAAAGCAAAAGGAUGCUACCAAAGAUCGACUUUUGGGAAUACUUAACUGCAAUUAUAUUUUAUUUUUUCCUUUUCAUGAAACCGAUAAUGAUACUUGUCGAGAUCCAUUUUCAUCGUUAAUGAAUCCCGUUCAUCUGAAUUGCCAGGCUACGUCUAUGGGGAAAAAUGGAACGUUUUCAGCUCGAUUCUGUGCUAAAAUUAGUGGCCGUGUUACAAGUGUCGACGGUGGUGCGAAUGUUUCUUACUUACAUAGCAUUUUUUACUAUCGUACAUGUAUUCUUGAUAAUAUAAUGGAUUCAACUAGAUCAAUGGAAACAUCAGGUAGUUUUCGGCUAAAAGGAUUUCAAGGUAUGCCUGGUUCUAUACGCCUUCAAGGACAUAUUGCACUAUGUACAUUUGAUGGAUGCAAUCGUUCAAGUGCAUUAUAUUCAUCGCUAUUAAUUAUUAUUAUUGAAUUGUUGUUAACUAUUAUUUAUGUUAGUUGUUUUUAG